AUGCGUUCACCUGGCCCAGCUGUCAGCACGCACAUCGUCCUUCACGAAGACAAGCAGUACUACCCCUCGGCCCAGUCAGUCUAUGGGCCCGGUGUGGAGAUCGUCGUUCAGGAGGAGGACACCCAGAUGUUGUCCGAGCCGAUCGUCAAGCCGGCUGCCGGGGACACGGCCGCCCCCCGCGCGGGCGCUUCCAGCCUGGUGGAUGAUGCCGGCCUGCCGGAGACGCACUUCAACAAGCACUUCUUGGUAGACAUGCUGUCCAUGCCGGACAUGAUUCGCAAUGUGGCCGUUGUCGGCCAUUUGCAUCACGGCAAGACUACUCUGGUGGAUAUGCUGGUCGCACAGACGCAUGACAUCGAUCUGGAUCUGCGCAGCACGACUCGAUACACCGACACGCACCCGAUUGAGCGCGCGCGCGAGCUUUCCAUCAAGGCGUCGCCGAUGUCACUGGUUCUGCCCGAUCUCCGAGGCAAGUCCUAUGCCAUCAAUGUCCUGGACACUCCGGGCCACGUGAACUUCUACGACGAGACGGCCGCCGCCAUCCAGGUGAGCGACGGCGCGCUGCUGGUCAUCGACGCGGUGGAGGGUGUCAUGCUGGGCACCGAGAAGAUCAUUCGUGAGCUGGUCCAGCAGCGGAUCACCAUCACGGUGAUGAUCUCCAAAAUUGAUCGACUGAUCACCGAGCUUCGCCUCCCGCCCAAGGAUGCCUACGUCAAGUUUGCCCACAUCCUGACCCAGGUGAACCAGCUCAUCUCGCACUACUCUGGCGGGGAUGACUCUCUGCGUGUGUCUCCGGAGCUGGGCAACGUCUGCUUUUCCAGUGGCACCCUGGGCUUUUCCUUCACCCUCGAGUCCUUUGCCACUGUGUACUCGGAUUUGCAUGGUGGUUCCAUCGAUGCUGCCGCUUUCGCCAAGCGUCUGUGGGGCAAUGUCUACUAUGACUCGGCGACGCGGCGCUUUUCCCCGAAGCCGGCCCGCUUCGACAUGCCGCGCACCUUUGUGCAAUUCAUCCUCGAGCCGCUGUAUAAGAUCGUGACCCAGGUGGUGGCCGAGGAUACUGCCUCUUUGCGCCAGACACUGAAUGAGAUCGGUGUUUCCAUCAAGCCGGCGCACUACCGGAUGGAUGUCGGGCCGCUUCUGCGACUGAUUAUGUCCCUCUUCCUGGGCGAUGUGUCCGGGAUCGUCUCGAUGCUGGUCCGACAUGUGCCCUCACCAGUGCGGGGCGGCCCAGCCAAGUCGGCGGUUCUCUUCACCGGCUCCCAGGACUCCCCGGUUGCUGAGGCUAUGGCGCAGUGUGACCCUGCGGGCAUGCUUGUCAUGCAGGUGGUCAAGCUCUAUCCCAAUGCCGACGCCUCUUCCUUCGAUGCGUUCGCACGAGUUCUCAGUGGCACGGUGCGUGUCGGACAGAAUGUCCGCGUGCUGGGCGAGCAGUACUCUCCGGAUUACACCGAGGACGCAGUGGUCACCCCGGUGACCGGUCUCUGGGUCUACGAGUCGCGCUAUCGGAUCCCGGUGGGCCAGGCCUCGGCCGGCGCGUGGAUUCUGCUUGGUGGUGUGGACGCCUCCAUCACGAAGACCGCCACCAUUGUGGAUGGGUCGCGGCGUUUCCUGGCUUCGCUGCAGGAGGACGACUUGCACAUCUGCCGGCCACUGCGUCACUUCAACCAUUCGAUCGUGAAGGUCGCGAUUGAGCCGCUGCAUCCGGCCGAGCUGCCCAAGAUGUUGGAUGGUCUGCGCAAGAUCAGCAAGACAUACCCUCUGUCUUUCACUCGGGUGGAGGAGUCCGGCGAGCACACCCUCUUCGGCACCGGGGAGCUGUACCUGGACUGCAUCAUGCAUGAUCUGCGUCAGAUGUUUGCAGCCAUCGAGAUCAAGGUGUCAGACCCGCUGGUCACCUUCAACGAGACUGUCAUCAAUGUGUCGGCCAUCCGGUGCACGACCGAGUCGCUGAAUAAGAAGAACAAGCUUACGGUCAUUGCCGAGCCUCUGGAUGAGGGCCUGGCGGCGGACAUCGAGGAGGGCCGCCUGUCGUCCAAGUGGUCUUCCGACGAUGUGAGCAAGUUCCUGCAGGACAAGUACCACUGGGAUGUCCUGGCGGCUGGCAAUGUUUGGGCCUUCGGGCCAGAGAAUGUUGGGCCCAACCUCUUCAUCAAUGAUACCCUGCCCUCGGAGGUGGACGCGAAUCGGCUGUUGUCUGCGCGGGAUCACAUUGUCCAGGGGUUCCAGUGGGGUGCCAAGGAGGGCCCUCUGUGCGAUGAGCCCAUGCGCAACACCAAGUUCCGUCUGCAGGACGCCAUCCUGGCCGACGACCCCAUUUCCCGGAAUGCUGGUCAGAUCAUCCCGGCCUCGCGGCGGGUGUGCUAUGCGGCCUUCUUGACCGCCACCCCCCGGCUGAUGGAGCCAGUGUACCUGGUGGAGAUUGUUGUUCCCUUCGCGGCUCGGUCGGCCAUCUAUGGUCUGCUGGGUGAGCGCCGUGGUCAUAUCAUCUCCGAGCUCCCUCUGCCCGGGUCAACCCAGUACCUCCUGAAGGCGCACAUCCCGGUGAUGGAUUCCUUCGGCUUCGAAACCGAUCUGCGUGUCAACACCCAGGGUGCGGCCUUCUGCCUUCAGCUGUUUGAUCACUGGCGUGUGGUCCCGGGGAAUCCCCUUGAUGAGACUCAGAAUGUUCUGCCGCUUGAGGUGGCCACCGCCACGCAGCUGGCCCGGGACUUCAUGAUCAAGACUCGUCGCCGGAAAGGUCUCAGUGAGGAUGCCUCCAUCGGCAAGUACUUCGAUGACCCGGAGACCUUGCAGAUUGUCAAGGAGUUCUUGUAAGCCUUGUCGAGAUCCAGGUAUUCUUGUCCAUGGGGACCAGUGUGCUCGCUCGACUCCCUCGCGCCCAUGUGUGUCUGGCUGCUUGUAGGUUCUCUGUCCUUGCGGGAGUGUGUGUCUGUGUGUGUCUGUGCCUGUGUGUGUCCAGAUGUCUGUACAUUCUCCCAUGCGCUGGGAGCAGUCAUUCUUCGAUGCCUCCCUCUUUCUCUCACUCGCCCGCUCGAUUGCUCUCGAGUCCCCCUUCUUUCUUCCUGUCCUCUGGGGGGUGGCCCACCCACUGAGGGAGAGUAGUGCCGGGAGAGGCGAGCCGGCAAAGAGCACCGUGCAGGCAGGCAGGAAGGCACGCGCCGAGCCAUGCUCCAAUGGAAAAAAUAACAACACACGAGCAACAUUUCCC